UUUAUUUUGCGACUCUGCCGGUGGCCGCCUGGGAGAGAGAGGAGGAGAAGCCUCCGCCUGGCGCCCGAAAGUACGCCGCAGUGUGUUCCUUGGUUUUGUUAGAUCACCUUCCGAGUUUGCGUGGAGUUAGGGAUCUUUGUUUACGUUCAUCCGGAAGCUAGGACGGCGAUCGCGUGCUUUUCCGCGGGAGAGAGUAACAAGAUAACGAAAUAAGCCUAGCUUAUAGAGGUCAUCGCAGAUUGAAGAUCUCCAACUGACGAAUGCAUAACAAGAAGACAACUAAAUAAAGUGAGAAGUAUGGAGGCCCUCACAGGUGGCUGGGUUGCUUUCUGUGGGGAAUCUCAGUCCUCGCGUAAUGCUUCAGAUUGCGGAAAAACUGACACGUCAGCUUGUUCUACGUUUUUGGGUGCGACGCACUCUCCUCUCUGUAUAAGGAAUGGGAUUUCCCUGUGUAUGAAUAUCUUGCUUCUGUUUAUGUUCUUCUUCAGUCUCACCCGUAAAGGAUCGAGAGCAGCAAGGAGAAACCUACACUGGCAGCAACUUUCGCGUCUACAAAGAUUUUCUGCUGUAUAUAAUGGUAUUUUGGGGCUGGGUUACACUGUGUUGGGAUUUUGGAUUCUCCAGGAGAGAUGGAGAAUCGGUCAAGCUGUAAUACCUUUACACCUGUGGUUAGUGCCACUGUUUCAAGGUUUAACAUGGACAUUGUUAGGCUUGACAGUCAGUCUUAGAACAGAGCAACUUGAAAGGAAUUUUUUGAGGCUCUGGGCCUUUAUUUCAUCCUUUUUUGCCCUAUUCUUGACUUCUACAGCCAUUUUAGCUGCUGCAACCUAUAAAGAGUUGACAACUAAAAUUGUCCUUGAUCUCCUGUUAUUGCCUGGCUCUCUGUCGCUUGUACUCUGCAUAAGAUAUUCCAGAAAAAUUGAAUACGGUCCAAUUGAUGGUGGUGAUCUAUACACUCCAUUGAACGGCAAAAAUGAGCUCAAUCUUAACGAGCACGUGACUCCAUUUUCCAGGGCUUCACUUUUGAGUCGAUUUUCAUUUUGGUGGAUGAAUUCCAUAAUGAAAAAGGGUUGGGAAGCUCCCUUGGAAGAGAAAGACAUACCUAAGCUAGGCAUGGAGGACCAGGCACAAGGCUGUUAUGCACUAUUUACUGAGAGAAUGAACAAAGAAAAGGCAAAUAAUAAAUCUAGAUCACCCUCUUUCUUCUGGACGUUGGCUUUCUGUCACCGCAGGGAAAUAAUGGUGUCUGGAUUUUUUGCGUUUCUUAAAAUUGUCACUGCUUCAUCAGGCCCUAUGCUUCUUAAUGCGUUUAUCAGGGUUGCAGAAGGCAACGAAUCAUUCAAAUAUGAGGGUUAUAUUCUUGCCAUAUCUUUGUUUUUUGCAAAAGCACUUGAGUCUCUAUCCCAGAGGCAGUGGUACUUUAGGACAAGAAGGAUUGGUCUUCAAUUAAGAUCACUUCUGUCAGCUGCUGUAUACCAAAAGCAACUAAGGCUCUCUAACGAGGCUAAGAUGAGGCAUUCUGCUGGUGAGAUAAUGAACUAUUUGAAUGUAGAUGCUUACCGCAUUGGUGAGUUCCCUUUCUGGUUCCAUCAGACUUGGACAACGAGCCUCCAGCUUUGUCUUGCACUGGCAAUUCUCUACAGUGCAGUGGGUGCUGCUACUGCUUCAGCGUUGAUUGUCAUUGUACUGACUGUCCUAUGUAAUGCGCCCCUUGCAAAGCUUCAGCACAAAUUCCAGACCAAGCUUAUGCAGGCACAAGAUGAAAGGCUGAAGGCAGUUUCAGAAGCUCUGGUGAACAUGAAAGUGCUGAAACUGUACGCAUGGGAACUGCACUUCAAGUCAGUCAUAGAGGAAUUGCGCAAAGUAGAAUACAAAUGGUUAUCAGCUUUUCAGCUAAGAAAGGCUUACAACAGUUUCCUUUUCUGGACAUCGCCUGUGCUGGUUUCAACUGCUACCUUUGCUACGUGCUAUUUUCUAGGAGUUCCUCUUCAGGCCAGCAAUGUCUUUACCUUUGUGGCAACCCUCCGACUUGUUCAAGAUCCCGUUAGAUCAAUACCUGAUGUUCUUGGAGUGGUUAUUCAAGCCAGGGUUGCAUUUGCAAGAAUAGUGAACUUUCUGGAGGCUCCUGAGUUGGUGAAUGGACAUAUCAAGAGGGAUAUCAGUGAGAGAGAGAAUGAAUAUUCAGUAUAUAUAAAGUCUGCUAACUUAGCAUGGGAAGGAGAUGCACCUAAACCUACUCUAAGAAAUAUAACGGUCAUGGCCAGGCUAGGUCAGAAGAUUGCAAUUUGUGGAGAAGUUGGGUCCGGAAAGUCAACCCUUCUUUCUGCAAUUCUUGGGGAGGUUCCUAUCAGAGAAGGCACUUUGCAAGUUUUUGGGACAAUUGCAUAUGUCUCUCAAACUGCUUGGAUUCAGAGUGGAACAAUAAGAGACAACAUUCUGUUUGGUUCUCCCAUGAAUAUCCAGAAGUACCAAAAUGUAAUUGAAAAGUGCUCAUUGGCAAAAGAUCUUGAGAUGAUGCCAUUCAGAGAUCUCACUGAGAUAGGAGAAAGAGGUGUUAACCUCAGUGGUGGUCAAAAACAGCGUAUCCAACUGGUGCGUGCAGUGUAUCAGGAUGCAGAUAUAUAUUUGUUAGACGAUCCAUUUAGUGCUGUUGAUGCACAUACUGCUAGUAGUUUGUUCAACGAUUGCAUAAUGGAUGCUCUGUCACAGAAGACUGUCUUCUUAGUGACUCACCAGGUUGAUUUUCUUCCAGCCUUUGAUAUUGUACUGUUAAUGUCAGAAGGAGAAAUAAUACAUUCUGCUCCUUAUCACAAGCUGCUAGAUUCUAGUUCAGAAUUUCAAGAACUUGUCAAUGCACACCAAGACACAAUGAGUUCAGAGAAGCUUGCCAAUGUCGUGUCAUCUCAGACUGGGAAGAAUAGAUUGUCAUCAACUACUGUGACCAAGCCAUCUGAUGAUGAGAAUCUAAUGGGAAAAGUUGCAACAGCUAAUCAACUAAUUAAGCAGGAGGAAAAGGAAAGAGGAGAUACGGGUUUUAAGCCUUACAUUCAGUACUUGAGUCAGAACAAGGGUUUCCUGUACUUUGGCUUUGUUAUUUUUUCCCAUGCAUCUUUUGUCAGCACUCAAAUCCUACAAAAUUCAUGGAUGGCUGCCAAUGUUCAGAAUCCUCACAUCAGCAUGUUGCGCCUAAUCACAGUCUACUCAAUAAUUGGGUUUGGAGGAUCUGCGUUUCUAUUUUGUAGAUCUCUCUUUGUGGUCGUAUUGGGCUUGCAGACUUCAAAAUCAUUGUUUGCGCAGUUAUUGAAGUCUCUCUUUCGUGCGCCAAUGUCCUUCUAUGAUUCAACACCUCUUGGAAGGAUUUUGAGCAGGAUCUCCUCUGAUUUAAGCAUUGUUGACCUUGAUGUCCCGUUCAGCCUAGCUUUUGCAUGUUCUGCAACCAUUAAUGCGUAUAGUAAUCUUGGGGUGUUGUCUGUUGUCACUUGGCCAGUCUUAUUUGUUGCAGUACCAAUGAUAUACAUCAGCCUACGGUUGCAGAGAUAUUAUUUUUCAACUGCAAAGGAACUGAUGCGAAUCAAUGGGACAACAAAAUCUGUGGUAGCAAAUCACUUGUCAGAAUCUAUAUCAGGAGCCAUGACCAUCAGAGCUUUCAGAGAGGAGGAACGAUUCCUUGCAAAAUCUAUGGAACUCAUCGACAAGAAUGCUAGUCCCUUUUUCCAUAAUUUUGCAGCAAGUGAGUGGCUGAUCCAACGGCUAGAAACACUUAGUGCAGUCGUUCUGUCUUCCUCAGCUCUAGCCAUGGUUUUACUUCCCUCUGGAACUUUUAGCCCUGGAUUUAUUGGGAUGGCUUUGUCUUAUGGUCUGUCCUUGAAUAUAUCUCUUGUUUUCUCUAUUCAAAAUCAAUGUAUACUGGGAAAUUACAUUAUCUCUGUUGAACGGUUAAACCAGUACAUGUAUGUGAACAGCGAGGCCCCCGAGCUGAUAGAAGGAAGCCGACCUGCUGUGAACUGGCCUGAUGUCGGCAAGGUUGAGAUUCAGGACCUGAAGAUCAGAUAUAGGCCAGAUACUCCACUUGUGCUUCGGGGAAUUACGUGCACGUUUCAAGGAGGGCAGAAGAUAGGUAUUGUUGGUCGAACAGGGAGUGGGAAGACAACUCUGAUUAGUGCUUUGUUUCGUUUGGUUGAGCCUGCUGGUGGUAAAAUCAUCAUAGACGGGCUUGAUAUCUCUGCCAUUGGUUUGCAUGAUCUAAGGUCUCGCCUAGGGAUCAUUCCCCAAGAACCCACCCUCUUCCAUGGAACUGUUCGGUACAAUUUGGAUCCUUUGCAACAACACUCUGAUCAUGAAAUCUGGGAGGUCCUUGGCAAGUGUCAGCUGAGAGAAACUGUUCAGGAGAAAAAGGACGGGCUCGAUGCACUAGUGGUGGAAGACGGAUCCAAUUGGAGCAUGGGUCAAAGGCAGCUGUUUUGCUUGGGGAGAGCACUGCUGAGGAGAAGCAAGAUACUGGUGCUGGAUGAAGCAACUGCUUCGAUCGACAAUGCAACCGAUUCGAUCCUCCAAAAGACAAUACGGACCGAGUUCGCUGAUUGCACUGUCAUCACCGUUGCUCACAGGAUACCGACAGUGAUGGACUGUACGAUGGUGCUCGCCAUCAGUGACGGCCAACUCAUGGAAUUCGAUGAGCCAUUGAAUCUGAUGAAGAGAGAAGGGUCGCUUUUCGGGGAGCUUGUCAAAGAGUACUGGUUUCAUGCAUCCAGUUCUACCGGCAACUAAAGGAAUUCACCCUGGAAUCGCAGUCGGGCAUAAACCACUAUUCGGUAAUGGCCUCCGAUCUCCGGCCGCCGUCAGGAGGUCUGGUUAGAAAGCCAAAGUCAUGUACCCACAAGAAAGCGAAGGCACUGCUUCAAGUACGAACUCAAUUCUCAUACUUCCCUAAGAUCGAAGCCGUGGCCCAACUGCAAGUCUUGAGGAUGAAGAGCUCUGGUGCUAUUGAGGAUCCUGGGUUGUAUUAUAAAAUUUAUCUGGCCCUGCCAACACCUUUGUACGUGUUGUGUCCUCACAUAGGGCUAUGCAUAAAAGUGUUGCUAGGUGUGAGAUUCGGUGAUUAGCCCGCCUGUGGAAAAUUGAAAUUUUACCGAAAUCCAUUUUAUGUGACGCUCAUGUCCUCGAUGAUAUUAUUAGAAUAAAAUUAAGAGAGCUUUGUUGGCU